AUGUCACGUGGUAGACCCGGUGCCCCACAGUCGAUCGUCAAUCCAAAUGAAUUAUUAUCACAAGAAGAUAUUCUGCAAGAAGAUUGGUGCUUAUUGGAGCUCGGCAACCAUCUUCGGGAGCCUAUAACCGUGCUGCAUUGGUUAGCACAACGACGACUCAUUCGAAACAGUCUACAUUGCAACCAAUGCAACCAGCCAUUUGGGCUGAAUGCCUAUCAAGAUGCAACAGAUGGUUAUCGCUGGUAUUGCAAAUCAUGUAAACUUCGUCGAAGCGUCAGAGACGAUUCAUUCUUUGCUCACAGCAGGUUACCGCUAAAGCAACUGAUCUGUUAUGCCUAUUGCUGGAGUCGCAACAUGGCGCAGAACGACAUCCUACAUGAAGCACGUAUGAACAAUGCUAGUAAAACACUUGCUGCUUGGGGCGUUCACUGUCGUGAUAUCUGUGAAAUGGGAAUUGAAGAAAAUCCCUCAAUGAUCAACAAUUUGAACAAAGAUGGCACGCCUGUGUUUUCAGCAUUUAUUUGCUGUGUAGUCCACCAUUACCGGUUGUAA